AUGAGGCUGGACUGGCUGCAGCUGCUGCUGCUUUCACUGCUGACCGGCCUCCGGGGCUCCGCGGCGCCGCCGCCGCCGCCGCCUACGUCCGCCUGCAAGACCUCCGACGACCGGCCGAGGAGCGCGGGGAAGAGCCCGGCGUCCGACAGGAAAGUGGUCUGCAGCAACAUGGAGCUCCAUCAGGUGUUGCCUCCGGACUCGUUCCCCAACAGAACGGUCACGCUGAUCCUAAACAACAACAAGAUCCAAGAAGUCAAAAAUGGAGCCUUCCUUGGGUUGUCUGCUUUGGAAAAAUUGGACCUGCGGAGUAACAUGAUCAGUCGUAUUGAGCCGGGAGCUUUCCUGGGAUUGAGAGCUCUGAAGAAGCUGGACCUGUCCAACAACAGCAUCAGCUGUCUUAACGCGGACGUCUUUAAGGGCCUGGACAGCCUGAGUCGACUAAACCUUUCAGGAAACAUGUUCUCCUCACUGGCUCAGGGAGUGUUUGACAGGCUGGUGUCUCUGAAGGCAUUGGAGUUCCAGACGCCUUACCUGCUCUGCGACUGCAACCUUCUGUGGCUGCUGCGGUGGAUCAAGGACCGCAACCUUUCUGUGAAGAACACCAAGUGCUCCUACCCGCAGUCUCUCCAGGGUCAGCUCAUAACCUCCCUGAGGCCAGAGCUGCUGACGUGCGAUGCUCCACUGGAGCUGCCCUCGUUCCACCUAACGCCGUCCCAACGUCAGGUGGUCUUCCAGGGGGACAGCCUGCCGUUCCAGUGUCAGGCUUCCCUCGUGGCCGAGGACAUGCAGGUUCUCUGGUACAAGAACGGCCGCAUGGUCAAGCCAGACGCCACUCAGGGCAUUUUCAUAGAGAAGCGUAUUGAACAGAACUGCUCCCUCAUUGCCAGUGCCUUAACCAUCUCGAACAUCCAGCCUGAUUUCAUGGGGAACUGGGAGUGUCGGGUGCGGACGAGCCGGGGGAACACCACCAGGACCGUGCACAUUGUGGUGCUGCAGAGUUCUGCCAAGUACUGCGCUCCUGAGCGGGUUUCCAACAACAAGGGGGAGUUCAGGUGGCCCCGCACUCUGGCAGGUAUCAAAGCCUACCUGCCCUGCAACUCGCCACCGUCCAGCGCACGGGCCUACUCGGGCAUCCCGGGCGAAGAGCAGCAGGCGUGGCGCCACUGCACUCCCGAGGGCCUGUGGGGGGAGGAGGACUACUCCCAGUGUCUGUUCCAGAAAGAGGUCACAAGGUUUCUCUACUACAUCAACCAGAUGUCUCUUAACGAGACCAACGUCGUAACCAAAGCUCGAAGCCUGUUUGUCUACACGAUCGACGCGGCCAACUUGUCCGACAAGAUGGACAUCAUCUUCAUGGCCGAAAUGAUCGAGAAGUUCAGCAAGUUUGUGGAGAGGUUCAAAGAUCUGGGCGAGGUGAUAGUCAGCAUGGCCAGUAACCUGAUGCUGGCCGACGAGAGGGUGCUGUGGAUGGCCCAGCGGGAAGCCAUGGCGUGCACCCGCAUCAUCGCCUGCCUGCAGAAAAUCACCGCCCAUCGCCUGGCCACCGCCCAGCCCUUCUCCCUGACGUCCCCCAACAUCGCGCUGGAGGCCCACGUGCUCAGGGUCAAGGACUGGAACGGCACGACCUGCAUGCUUUUCCAGAAGGCCAGCCCCGAGCGGCUCCUCAGCCCGGAGCGCCAGCUCUCCUUCAAAUGCAACACCGACGGCUCCUUCUCCACCGUCUUCUACAAGGGCACCACGGUGGAGGCGUCGCUGCAGCUCCCGCAGUCCCUGUUCAGCCCGGCCGCCGGCGGCGCCGCUCCGGGGCAGCCGGACGAAAACGUCUACAAGCUCUACCUGCUGGGCUUCCGCAACGGCAAGUUUUUCCCCUCUACCGGCAACACGUCCCUCCUGGCCGACGGAGGGAGGCGGAGGAGCGUUGCCACGCCCGUCGUCAUGGCAAAGAUAGACGGUCUCUCCCCGCGCGCCCUGCGGACCCCCGUCAACGUCACGCUGCGGCGGUUCGCCCGCGGCUCCGACGCCGUCGCCGCCCGCUGGAAUUUCAGCCUGGCGGGCGGUCAGGGAGGCUGGAGGAGCGAGGGCUGCCGCGUCCUGGAGAACCACGACAACUUCACCACCAUGUCCUGCAGCUCCCUGGGCAGCUACGGUCUGCUCAUGGACCUGACCAGCGUCGACCAGUUCUCUCCAAGCAUCCAGCCUCUGCAUCCGGUCAUCUAUGCCACAAGUGUCAUCCUCCUCCUCUGCUUGCUCGCCAUCACGAUCAGUUACAUCUAUCAUCACAGGUCUGUCCGCGUGAGCCGCAAGUUUUGGCACAUGCUGGUCAACCUCUGCUUGCACAUGUCACUGACGUGCGGGGUCUUCGUCGGCGGCAUCAAUCAGACCCGGUACGCCAGCGUCUGCCAGGCGGUGGGCAUCCUGCUGCACUACUCCACCCUGGCCACCGCGCUGUGGGUGGGCGUGACCGCGCGCAACAUUUACAAGCAAAUCACGCGCAAAGCCAAGCGCUACGAGGAGCUGGACGAGCCGCCGCCGCCCCCGAGGCCCAUGCUCAGGUUCUACCUGAUCGGUGGCGGGAUCCCCAUCAUCGUCUGUGGAAUAACGGCGGCAGCCAACGUGAAAAACUACGGCAGCCAAAGAUACGCGCCAUAUUGCUGGAUGGCAUGGGAGCCGAGCAUCGGGGCCUUCUACGGACCGGCGGGCUUCAUCCUCUUCGUGGACUGCAUGUACUUCCUCAGCAUCCUGCUGCAGCUGCGUCGACACCCCGAGCGCCGCUACGAGCUGAAGGAGACGAGCGAGGAGCAGCAGCGUCUGGCCUCGGUGAGCAGCGAGGCGGCACCAGAGGGUCCCGGCGGCCACUCGCAGCCCCUUGCCGCGCCGCUCCAGCCCGGCGAGGCGUCCGGCUUCAACGCCGUGGCGCUCUCGGCCCUGGAGAACGAGCACACCUUCGCCGCGCAGCUGAUCGGGGCGGCGGGGGCUCUGGGGCUGUAUUCGGGCCUGUGGGCGUUCGGCGCCAUGGCGGUGUCGCAGGACCACCCUUUCGACAUGGCCUUCACCUGCCUCUUCGGCCUGACGGCGCUGGCGCUGGGGGCGUUCAUGGCGGCGCACCACUGCGUCAACAGACAGGACAUGAGGCGCUUCUGGCUGCAGGUCUUCUGCUCGGGAAGGCGAGCGUACUCUGCGCAGGAGGAGGUCCUGCUGCCCCAGGCGGGCCUCGCCGCGUUGCCCACGGUAACGGCGGACGGUAAGGCGGACGUGGAUUUGACCAAAUGCGGCCACAGCAGCGCGGACUCCUCCCACACCAACAGGAGCGGCCCGAGCGUGCGGCACUCCGGCCACGGCAGCAAGCUGACCAACCUGCACGCGGAGGCCGCUCAGUGCAAGGCCGCCUCCGCCUCCGCCCCGGCGACGGCGACGGCCAACGGCGCGGCCGCCCCGGACACCAGCCUGACGGAGCACUCGCUGGACAACGAAAUCAAAAUGCACAUAGCGCCGGUGGUGGAGGUGCAGUUCCGCCCGGCGAGCAGCAUCAGCAACCCGGCGGCGAGCGCGAGCAGGCACCCGAAGAACAGAGCGCGAACGCAGAGGGCGAGUCGGCUGACGGUGCUGCGGGAGUACGCCUACGACGUGCCCACCAGCGUGGAGGGCAGCGUGCAGAGCGCCCCCAGCAGGCGGCACCACUACUACGACAUGGCGGCGCGCAACAGCCGGCGCGCCGCCUACAUGGCCUACAGGGAGCGCCACCAGAGCCAGCUGCAGCAGGACAGCAGCGACAGCGCCAGCCUGCCGCGCCGCCCCCGCCUCUCCGACAAAGGAACCAGGACUGCCGCGAGCGGAGAGGCGGAGCAGGCGGCCGCCGCCGGGUCUUCGCCGGCGGCCGACGACGACGACGCUCGACCGCCAGCCAGCUCGGAACCAGAAAGCCACAGCAACAAGUCGUACGGACUCAACCUGGUCACCCAGAACGGCGGCACGCUGAAAAAAAAUGGCCACGCGGCGCCUCUGAUGAACGGCGACGGUGUCUGCGUCAAAACGGGCCUGUGGAAGCAUGAGACUACCGUGUAGCAGGACCGCAGGGGGUAGAACACUCAUGCCCCUUUUACACUGUGAAAUAUCAUUUGUUUUUGUUUUUUGUUCUUCAGAGAAAAUAUCGGAAGUUAGCAGGAACUCUGCUUGUAGAUACGCUUUUGUAAAUGUUCUAUUUUAUAUACCUUUUAAAGUCCUGCGAGUGAGACUGCAUUUCUUUACCUUCGUGCUUCUUGGUCCCACCAUUAGUAAUAAAACAAAGUUUAAUUUACCGUAA